GUUUCCACACGUGUUGCAGGAUACGGUUAGUUUGUUAUUAUGAUAAUCCAGAUGCACAUAAUACGGACAACUAUAAAGUCCGUACAAAUCCUGAUUGAGCGUGACCAUGGUGUUUUUCUCCUGUAACGUAUGUAAUGAAGCCCUUAAGAAGAACCAGGUUGAAAAACACUGCAUGACGAAAUGUCGGAACUGUCAGUCUGUGUGUUGUAUUGACUGUGGCCAAGACUUCUGGGGAAAUGACUUCGAGAAGCACACAAAGUGUAUCAGUGAAGACCAGAAGUACUCUGGGAAGGGAUAUGUCGCCAAAGUCAACAAAGGCGAGGCCAAGCAGGAUCGAUGGAUAGAGCAGGUCCAGUCAGCCAUAGAUGACCAGAGGGGAGGCAACCCCAGACUACGAGGCACCCUGGAGAGCAUCAAGAACUAUCCUAACAUUCCUCGAAAGAAGAACAAGUUUGAGGAGAAAAGGACAGGAAGGUGGAGCCAGGCCGAUGAAGAUGAGGAACCAACAGAAGGAGCAAUCGAGAGUCAAGAAAGAAGAAAAAGCGGCAGCGUGAGGAAGAGCAGGUUGAGAGUCAGGGGAAAGAAGAGGAAGAGGAUGGAGGAAGAUGAGGUGGAGGAAGCACCAUAUGAGCCUGAAGAGAGGGAGGAGGAGACAGAAAAAAACUAA